GUGUCGCCCUCUCGAGCUGGCCUCGGGAAGAGAACAUGUUGUCGUAAGGUUUCACCGCAAGUAGUCUGAUAACAAGUUGGGCCAACACUCCACUCAUUAUUACGUGCCGGGGAACGGAGGACACAUGCGGGCGACUGUUGGGGUUUCAUCAAAUCUGAACCCUGCUCAGUUCCCAACAUUUUCACUGUGAUCCAGGUAGCUGCCACGGGGAAAAGGUACGUAGUGGGCUCAUUUCAUGGCGAUUGUUUAUUGUUGUGGCUCGUUUCGUUCAUUUUGUUUUUUUUCUGUUUGAGCUGGAUGCAAUGUCUUAGUGUGAUCGAAUUGUUGAUGUUAAGUCUUGGUUUGAUCGAAUUAUUGAUACAAUGUCUUAGUAAGAUCGAAUUGUUGAUUUCAUGUCUUAGUUUGAUCAAAUUGUUGAUGUCAUGUCUUAGUUUGAUCAAAUUGUUGAUGUCAAGUCUUAGUUUGCUCGAAUUGUUGAUGUCAUGCCUUAGUUUUAUCGAAUUGUUGAUGUCUAUUUGAAUUAGAUUUAAAAAAAAAAAAAUUCUGUUAAUGACAGCAAUCACAAAAUUGUUAUUUUUAUUUGAUUAUAAUGAUUUAUAAUAAUAUUAUUUACUACUUUAAAAAAAGGAAUUGAAAGAUUUUGUAAUGGCAGCCUAGUAAAAUAAAAAUCACUUAAGAUUUUAUUUUCACUGUAAUAUUUCCUCGAUCAUUGAGCAAAUCAUUUGGAUGUCAUUUUGUUAUCAAUUAUUUGAAAACCUUUAACGUGUUGGCAAAUCUAAGAUGAUAAUCUUCGUCACAUGGACAGUGGAGAAAACCGGUCGAACAUCAACUCGAGGUGUGUAUCGAUGUGGUCAAAUUGUUGCGGUGGAUGAGCUGGGGUUUGCGACCCCCUGGGUGGUCCUUAAAGUUGACGCAACGUCUACAAUAAUAUAGUGUCUAUGUCAAUAAAAUGGGCUUUAGACGAUGUAGACCGAAAAUGCCGUCAAAACUCGCCCGUGUAUUGUUGACCUCUGACGAUUACACAUUUUGUUAUAGACUAGGUAUAAUUUAUUUUUUUAUAUAAAAAAAAAAAAAAGCUGCUAACGUAAUUACAGGCAGGUAAACGUAGAUACUUUGUCGUAUUUUGCAUUUUUUACGCAGCGGAGGACUACGACAUAUUCAAGUUUUGAUAUCGGGCUUUUAUAGACAUGAAAAUUACCGGGAAACCGGAGAAAAUGUCAAUAAUCAUUAGUUAUAUAUAUUUUGUUUCAAUUAAUUUUCUUCUUCUUUGUUUUGAUGGCUUGGGGGGGGGGGGGGAAGGGGGGUUGGUGGGUUGGAAAGCCCUAUUGAACCCCCAUAUCAGCGAGAAUUUAAAAAAAAAAAAAGGUUUUUAAAAAUCUGUAACACCAAUGACCAUUGGCAGCAGCCACAAUAUGAUAUCAUUGAGCUAAUUCCGUAUAGUUUAGUAAGAGUCGGAGUAUAAAAUUAUUUCACCGAUUUUCAGCCCUUAAUAUAAUAUCAUGGUUGAGCCUUUGAACGUAAUUUGUUUGUGUUGUUUCCGAAAUGGCCAGGACUCGCCAUUUCCAAGAGACGGUCAGGGCAUUAUUCCAUAUUUAUGUGUAGCAGCCCUAGAGGAAAUGCUGACGUGACUCCUGGUCAUAAAUUCCUAAUUUCGGAAAUCAACAACGAGGUCAGAGCACGCGACAAUAAAGGAAGAAAAAAAAAUAAGAAAGAUUUCCCAGGCGUGGGUGGCAUGAUUUUAGAGCUGCUUUCUGUCGGCUGGACCCUUCUGUUGUGUUGAUUGACCGCUACACUGCGCACUCGGUACCAGCGAUUACACAGUAUAUACAGUGCUGGAUUAACCAUUAGGCAAACAAGGCACGUGCCUAGGGCACCAAGCAUUUGGGGGGCACCACAAGUCAUCAAGAAAAAUGUGUAUAUAGCAUCACACAUUGCGAAAUGUGGAAUGGAAAAGAAAAUCCUUCUUAUUUAUCCAAAACUAUAUGUGAAGAACUGAUUGAAAUUAUGUCGCAAAAAGUCCAUGCAGUAAUUAUAGAUGAAGUAAAGGUUUCCGGUUAUUUCAGCUUGUCAGUAGACUCAACGCCUGAUAUUUCACAUAUAGAUCAGUUCAGCGUUGUUCUUCGAUAUGCGGUAGAUGGAGAGCCCAUUGAGCGCUUUUUGACUUUCUGGGAGCGGCAAAGUCACGCCGGUGAAGGUAUGGCUAAGCAAGUUUUGCAGUACUUACGUAAAGCUUGCAAUAUUGAUUUUUCGAAAUGCAGAGGUCAGUCCUACGACAACGCAGCUAAUAUGUCUGGGUGCUACAAGGGUAUGGAGAAAAAAUUCUAGAAGAAAAUGAGUUUGCUAUAUACAUACCCUGUGCUGCCCAUUCACUAAAUCUGGUAGGCAGAAGUGCCGUUGACUCUUGUUUAGAAGCAGUUAACUUCUUCCAUACAGUGCAAGUGCAUCUGAUCUAUACUUUUUUCUUAGCUUCAACCAAAAGAUGGAAGAUUCUGAAAGGAUGCCUUGUGAAUGAAAAGCUGGUAAAGUCCCUCUCCGAUACCAGAUGGUAAGCCCAUGCUGUUGCAAUCUGAAGCCAUAUUCUAAAGUCUCAUCCUCAGGUUAUAGAAGCGUUAGAAUGUUCACAAGAAGACCAGUCACAGAAGGGGGAUAACAGAAGAGAAGCAGAAAACAUUGCAAAGAAGAUGCAAGAAUUAGAAUUUGCUUUCAUGCUUGUCUUUUGGGAAGAAGUGUUAUACCAUUUUCACAAGGUCAGUCAUGUUAUACAAAAUGAUCACGUGAACUUGAAAACGUGUGCUGAUUUGUAUUCUUCACUAGCAGUUUACUUGCAUGAAUCUAGGAAUGAAUUUGAAAGAUUUAAAGAAGCUGCAAAAGAAAUAACACCAGUGUGGAUUAUAAGUCAACUUUGACCCAUAAUCGUAAACGAAAGACAGUGGUCACUGAUGGUGAUGCCCCUUAGGUAUCUCAGAAUGCCAGAGACAAAAAUUUGUAUAUCUGCUUUCUACACUAUUGUUGACAAACUUGAGACAGAGAUGUGUAGACGAGGACGGGUAUAUAAUAAUCUAGCAGUUCAAUUUUCUUGUUUGGUCGAUGUAUCACAAACACCUCAGUGUUGUGAAGGACUAAUAAAUGCUUAUCCAGAAGAUCUGAACAAUAAUUUAUAUAGUGAACUACAACAGUUCCACUCAUAUAUUCGCCACAAGUUUCGUGCAUCAAAAUCUGACAACAACGCGUUCAGUCAUGCAGAACUCUAGAAAGUAAUAGUUAGAGACAACAUCGAGUGUGCUUUUCCAAAUGUCGAAAUCGCCUUGCGCAUAUUUUUAACAUUAAUGGUUAUGAACUGUUCAACUGAGCGCUCUUUUUCUCAGUUGAAACGUACAAAAAAUCCAAGUAGAUCGACAAUGAAACAAGAAAGGCUUGAUUCCUUAUCUUUGCUGAUGAUUGAGGCAGACUUGUUGCGCAAAAUUAACUUUGAUGAUGUACUCAAAACCUUUGCCAGACGUAAAUCUAGAAAAAAGAACUUUAAAAUAUAAAUGUGUGCUCUCUCUGACUUUCUUAUCUAUCAAAAAAGUUACAGUAUUUUUGUCUACUAUUAUUACAAAAUUAAUUAACUAUUAAUUUUAAUACAGAAAUACCUUAUUGUAGGUUUUAUAUGAGUGAUAGUAGUACAAACAUAUGUAUUUACAUUUCACAACCUUUUCUUUGUUAGUUUUUUGCAUAAUAUUGAACAUACCAGCAGUCAGUGGAGGAUCGGAGACCAGGGGCAGUAGGGGGCACCCAUGUGGGUUUGUGCCUAGGGCACCAAGAUGGCUUAAUCCGGCCCUGAGUAGAAUAUGUUUACACAGUGGAUAAGGAUACAAAACAUCAUUAGCGAGGGAAACGUAUUUUGUUUGAGAAGUCUGCUGUAUCAAUCGCUCUGUCUUUAUUAACCUUUGCGAUGUCAGACGCGGGCAAAAAGAUUGUUAGGGCCUUUUGCGGCCCGGCCUGAUGGCUUCUUUAAGUUUGGGACCGCUUGCUCUCAGCCUCAAAUUUAAUGGUACGGCUCUGUUUGUAAUGACCAAGUGAGACUUUGGAGAUCCACCAAAGUGAAAAUGUGGACCUUACCCUCUUAGUUACUGUCAUCAGCCUCACUACAACUAACCAACUUUGUUAUCAAAAUAUGAUGAGCACUUCUUUCUCUUUUUUUUUAUUUUUUUUUUUAUUGUUCCGUAUAUUUUCAUUAGCGGUAUUAUUUCACGACCGGUGUUGUGUUAAUUUGUUUAGAGAAAACUGUGUUUAAAAAAAAAUAAAAUAAAAUAACAUUCCGCCAUCAGUGGAGUUUCUUUUCCAAGAUCCCGCACGAUUUUGGGUUAACAAAAGAUUACUUGGUAAAUUUUAGCUUACUGGGAAAUCUCGUGUGUGUUCAAACUUUUAAAAUACAAUCUACUUUUUAGAAAAAAUAUCAGCAAUUGACAUAUUGUCGAUAUAAAAAAACAAAAAAACAAUGAAGUGUACAAUCUAGUUAACUUCGCUGAACUACUAAGCUCAGUGGCUCUAGUACACUGGUUCACAAGCGUUUUCAAGUCACUACCACAUUUCAUGUACCAUGAAAUUUUGUAUUUUAAAAAAUGGCUUUUAAAAAGGAUACAUUUUUGGAAAAGAAAAAAUUAAAAACACAUAUUUUCCGGUAUAAGUAUAACGUAAUUGGAGACACGUCAGAUUUCAAGACUAAAAUUGGAACUAAAAUUUCAAGACUCUAUUUAAAAAAAAAAAAAAAAAUAUUUAAACAUCACUACUUCUCUUAGUCUAUUAUUUCAGCCGUUGACCCAAAAUAAUAUCAGCACAACCCCAUUUGAAAUUCUACAAGCAGUUAUGUCACAAGAAUAUUAUAAUCUAUUAAAAAAAAAAAUUAAAAACACAUAUUUUCCGGUAUAAGUAAAACGUAAUUGGAGACACGUCAGAUUUCAAAAAUAAAAUUGGAACUAAAAUUUCAAGACUCUAUUUAAAAAAAAAAAAAAAAAAAUAUUUAAACAUCACUACUUCUCUUAGUCUAUUAUUUCAGCCGUUGACCCCAAAUAAUAUCAGCACAACCCCAUUUGAAAUUCUACAAGCAGUUAUGUCACAAGCAUAUUAUAAUCUAUGUUAUCCAUUACUAGUGAUAAGCAGGGGAACAUGAAGCAACUAGUAGCAAUUGACCAAAUAGUAGCAAUUGGCCUACUAGUGGCAAUUGACCAACUAGUAGCAAUUGACCAACUAAUAGCAAUUGACCAACCUCUCAACUAAAAUCAACACUGUUUUAUGCAUUAAUGGAUAACAAUAAAACAACUGUAAAAAAUCAACUCCUUUAUAGUUUAAUUCAGUUAAUUAAAAAUAUAUUUUAACAUUUAUUUUAUCCCAUUAAAAGGAAAACCUUAUUCCCCUUUUCCCUUUUUGUCAUUAGUGUACAAUGAACUACAAAUCUAUUCAUCUAGAUGUAGUCUCCACCAUCUCCCCAAAGAAGUCUGAAGAAAUUCUUUUAAAAUUUAACAUAUCAGAUGUAGACUUGUAUUCCAUAAAGAUGGCAUAGUGUUGUCAGGCGUGCUCUAUCUUGUAACGUGUAGGGGCAUAAUUACAAUGAAAUAUUUUUUUUUAAAUCCACAGAGUACAAACUAUGUAUACACUAUAUAAUCCGAUGCGCAAACAGAUUACCUCGGCACACCGAUCUACAUUAACAACCCGAGAUAUACAUAACUCAGCCGUCCGUAGACAUAACAACCUUUCAGACCACUGUCAGGGUAUGACAAUAGGAGCAACACAGUGCAAUGUGAAGGACAAACACUUUGUUUCCUCUAGCAUGAGGAGGAGAAGCUAAUGGUGGGGGUGGCGCCCGGGGAAAGGGUGGGGGUAGCACACACUCUGGCUACACGAACUGCUGGAAUCUCAUUAUAAUUGUGCUGGGUGCUUUUCUUAUUUUAAGGGUGACCUGUAGCUGCAGUGACGGCAUCUAACAUAUAUACUAUACUCAUAGUGGCGAAGCAAGGAAUUCAGCAUAGGGGAUAUGGCCUGUAGCAUUAUACUAGUCAGUGGGUUGGGGGGGGGGGGCAGGGGUAGUGGCCACAGCCCCAGGGGACCAUUUUUUGGAAACUUGGGCUGCUGCAGUGACGGCAUCUAAGAUUUAUAUUAUACUAAAAGUGGCGAAGCAAGGAAUUCAGCAUAGGGGAUAUGGCCUGUAGCAUUAUACUAGUCGGGGGGUUGGGGGGGGGGGCAGAGGUAGUGGCCACAGCCCCAGGAGACCAUUUUUUCGAAACUUGGGCCUCUCAAGGGUAUAGGAAUUAUGUGUAGCAAGGUAUUGGAUAACCGGAAGAAACGGACGCAACAAAACAACGAACGUGUCGCCAAGAUGCCUUCUUCGGCGAACAACCAACGAGUAACACAAACAUAAAAUUUAAAUGAACACUUAUGUAAAUGUAGCAUCCUUUUUAACCCAGGUUUUCAAAUCUGUUGUUUCACAUAUUUCCUUCUACCUAACGUGAUUGCAGUCACUCCCUUCCCCCCCCCCUUCCCCCCCCCCCCACCCCCCCUAUAUUUUCAGUUUCCGAAUUAAAUGGGAUGCUGAGGAAUUGUGGUAUAUGACAAGACUACUAAAAGUUGUUGUUCUUCUUCUUCUUAUAUUUGAGGGGCCCACGAUCAAUUUGUUGAUCAUUGUGGCUCCUGGUUUUAAUUCAGAGUUUGCCUUCUCUUAGAUGGGUUGCCGUCCAAGGCCAGUGAGUCCCAUCCACCCGGGGUGCUUGGGAUGUAUUGCUUUGGUGGGGAUUGAACUCCAGACCACCAGCUAUUUGGUUUGAGAAAGUUUAGACCACUCGGCCACCCAGCAUAGUUUAAUAGUUUGAAAAGAAAGAAACUUUGAGUGCUUGAAACUCGAUUUAUUGGGAAAGAAAUGUCACCGUUUUACAAACUUUUGAACAUAUUUUUGUCUUGCCUGUCUUCUGCUCGUCAUCAUCAUCAUCAUCAAUGCCACUACAGCCCAUGUAGGGUCCUGGCCUGCUCCACCACAUCCUUCCAUUCGGAGCGAUCCAUGGCUUUCCGUCUCCAUGCUCGAACCCCCAACUGGUGUAAAUCUGUCUCCACAUCAUCAAUCCACCUCAUCCUUGGGCGACCGAUGAGUCGUCUGCCCCUAGGCUUCUGCCUGUAUAUAAUUUUGGCUGCUCUGGUCUUCUGCUCGUACGAGUCUUACUCAGGGGUCAUCGAUGAGUCGGGCAAUGAUUAACAAUGAAUCUGUCAAUUCAAAAUGAAAUGGCCUUUUUAUUACCGGUAUUCGAAGAAUGUGGAGACGCUUAAGUUGCCUCCUUUAGGAGAUGUCAUAACGACCGCACUGUAUCGGGCACAAAUUGGCACUGGGCUGAACGCAAACAAUAGUAGCUUUACUAUACACGCACAGGAGGUCAAGAGCAGAGGCGUUUCGGCGUUUAAAUAGAGGGACACUUCAUAGGGAAAAAAAAAAGCAUUCAUAGAUCAUAUAUUAUAUAUACUUCAGAGGUGUUCAAAUGUCUAGGACCUGAAAAGCCUCAUACUUGGUCAUUAUUAAUAUGAAACGAUAUAUAAUAUUUUGUAUUGUAAAAAGUAACUUAGCUAGGGUCAGUGCCAACCGGACCAGACAAAGAUUAUUGCAGAACCCCUUCCACGAAAAAACGCAGCAUUUAACCGAAAAUGCCGACCAUAAAUAUAAAGAAUUUUUUUUGUUUUUUGCUGUUCUGGGCGGAUAAAACAUUCGCGCUCUUCCUGACGUCAUAUUGGUGGGAAUUUACUGCAGUGAAUUUGACACGCUUUCUUGAUGUUUAGGUUUUAUGUUUUCGGCAAAAGGAAUUUCAGGCGGCUCAAAGUCAAAGUUUAACUAAAAUGAAUCGAAUCCUUGAGUUUCUUGACUUAAAGUUAAUUUAACGGAAUAAUUCAGUGGUUCCCAGCCUUUUCUCAGUGAAGUCCCAAGGGCUCCGCGUUCACUUAUCAAGGGGCUCCACAGUCGUGCUAAGGGUGAAAAAUAAGAAGAAAAACAAUGACAUGAAACUUUCACAUAGACAUUGAUUAUUCAUAGGGCUCCACUAUUCAAGUCCAAAAAAAAAGUCUGGGAACCACUGAAUUCAUUUAUUGUUUUGUUUAGAAAUUGUUACGAAUCUGUCCCCUCCACGAUCUCAUGCUACCAAUGAGCAUCAUAUCCCAAGACUAAGAGUUCGCUGUGCGUUAUUUCGCUAGUGUCUUCAUGAGCCUCAGCAUCAAACACAUAUUUACCAUGAUGGCUUUUAAUUAGACCAGGUAUUCAGCCUAUCCUUAUGGUGUUAUUUCUAUGCAAUGGUCCGAGAAGGGUGGGGGAGGGUAUGUGAUACUCUCCCCCCCCCCCAUCUCUCUCUCUCUCUCUGUUCUUUGCGUUUAUAAGUAAAACAGAUUUUUCCAUGCGAUUUCAUGUUUCAUUCAGCAAUUGUAGUUUCAUCUGUAUUUAUUACUUGCUGUCUUAAUGAUUCUACGUAAUCAUCAAUUUUUGCGAAGAAAUGAUGAUCUUCCUCACCAGCAUGUUAAAUGGAAAUCAACAACCAUGCCUCCCCCCUGUCACAAAUGACUGGGGGGGGGGUAUAGGACAGAGCUCCAUUGUUGUUAAGGUAACGAUAGGAUGGAAGGAAACUGCUGUUAAUGGGGUUAAGUUAAGGUUAAUAGACUCUCACAUCUUGAUAUAGUGGGAGAUUGUUUCUUUAGAUAAUAGUAUGUUCGGGUUUUCCAGACUUCGCAUGAUAAUUUUUGGGUUAACAAUGGGAAGGUCUAAUUGACCGGAAAUUAGGGGGCAUGGGUGUGUUUAUAGAUAGCAUUCCUGGACCACCUAUGGGGGGUAGAUAACCACAUAUAAGAGGGAGCUUUCACUGAGUUAGGUUAGUUGAGGGAGAGUGAACAGAGGUACGACGAGUUGAGGAAGAGGGAAAGGAGCGACAUUAGUUAGUUGAGGAAGAUAGAGAAGAACUACGGAUUAGUUGAGGAAGAGAGAGAAAAGAGCUACGAUAGAACUGAGCAGUUGUGAAGGAAUACUUGCUAGAGACCAGAAGACGACAGAUGACUGGAAAAACGUAUAUCUUACCAAUAAACACUUUCAUUAUCGUUGGACACCAGAAGUUUUGAGUUGUUGCAUUUCGUCCAAGUCUACUUUGUUUUAGUUGAGGGAGAGUGAACACAGGUACGACGAGUUGAGGAAGAGGGAAAGGAGCGACAGUAGUUAGUUGAGGAAGAUAGAGAAGAACUACGGAUUAGUUGAGGAAGAGAGAGAAAAGAGCUACGAUAGAACUGAGCAGUUGUGAAGGAAUACUUGCUAGAGACCAGAAGACGACAGAUGACUGGAAAAACGUAUAUCUUACCAAUAAACACUUUCAUUAUCGUUGGACACCAGAAGUUUUGAGUUGUUGCAUUUCGUCCAAGUCUACUUUGUGCUUUUGUCUGUCUCAACGCCUAGACACCCACAAUAUAAAUCACAGAGAGGAGCGGUCCUGUACUGACCACUACUAAGUCAACAUAGUUUGUGUUAAGUCAGGACCGGAGCCCUCCUCCGUAACCACCGUUCUGUGACACCCCCCCCCCACACACACACACACGCGGUUGUUAACUGUAGCACUGUUGAAUAGUUUGAUUAAUUGUGGAUACCGAAAUUAUUACCUUUUUUUCUAUUGAAAUACACGCAGGCUCUAUCUAGUUGGAUUUUUCAAAGAUUUUAAUUUUAAUCCUCAUUUGAAUAUCAAAGUUAAUCGAUUUCUUUUCAUGCGCAUUAGUUCUGUUAGAUCCCUUAAAUUUUUUUAAAAAAAAGUGUCUUAUUAUGAAACUCUAAAUUUUGGAUAAGAAAAUCUUAGCUUUUUUUAAAAAAAAUAAUUUUAUUCUUAUUAGUAAUUAAGAAUACUCCCCUAUCAUUGUUUCAUUUUUCACUGCGAUUUUUAAAAAAAAAAUUCUUGAUCUGCCACUUUUACUUAAUGUUUAUUUGUUUCACAUUUAUUUUUCAGAACUAACGUUGUUUAGAAUGAACCCACCUUGAGAGCUCACCACUGGUUGAGGUGUUGUUGGUUGUGCUCGUUACAAGACGCUAACAAACAAGGCCUUGGGUUUAGACAAGCAAUCGGUCGAUUACAACAGCAAUUUCUAACGUUAACCUCACUUUAAAAAAUUUUUUUUUAAAAAAUCAUGACUAAUUUUACCAGCUCCUCGGUAAGGGGCCGCAACCCAGCCUGCUGUAGCGGCAUUAACCUCAAGGGUUGCAACGCCUGCAGUCGCCUGCACAAUGCAAACAGCGAGACGACGUGCCGGCCAACGAUGGCCGCUGAGAGUCCGAGGAGGGAGCGCCCGGUAGCGUGCGAUGACGUAGGCAGCAGCUGGGCGUUCAUCCAGAAAAUAAUGGCCGUCGACGAGAAGCACGACAGGAGGAAGAAGGAGCGUCAGAGACAGAAGGCGUUGCUGGAACAAAGUCUGAACGGAGCGAGCAGCAACCUCCUGCCCAACAGCAACUCAAAGCUGGCGGACACUUUGUCCCGAUGGCUGCGUGACCAGGUAAAUGUGAACUGUUUCAUUUCAGUUCAUAGGAUGCUCACCUUGGUUUUAUGACAGAUUUAUAGAAACUUCACCCAACCGGCUUGGGGCAGAUUCCGAUGAUGUUCACCUGGAUUGUUUCAAUCUGUAGUUAAAAUUAAGAAUAGUUUUCUUUGAUGAUAUGGCUAAUUAAUAUUGCGUUAUGAAUUAUUUUCAAAUCGGACAUUUAUAAAUACUUUAAGUCUACAGCUUUAAAAAAAGAACAACAACCAAAUUUUUAAAAAUUAACGCCACUGUGUUGGGAAGUGCAUUAUUUCUUACUAUUUCUGUAGAUGCACUGGGGCAUUUGACUACAUGGUGAUCCAAUGGGAUGUAUUAUUACUCUGCUUCUCCCCAUUCCUAUCAGUGCACCAUCGUCCUCCACAAGAACAUCACCACUUACUAGAUGUAAAUACAGUCUUCAAAUACCCCUAGUAAAUCAUUUACAUUACAAUACCUCUUCUUGACCCACGACAGGUCUUAGGUUAAAUACCCCUAGUAAAUCAUUUACAUUACAAUACCUCUUCUUGUCCCACGACAGGUCUUAGGUCAAAUACCCCUAGUAAAUCAUUUACAUUACAAUACCUCUUCUUGACCCACGACAGGUCUUAGGCCAAAUACGCCUAGUAAAUCAUUUACAUUACAUCGCCUCUUCUGUUCCCACGACAGGUCUUAGGUCAAAUACCCCUAGUAAAUCAUUUACAUUACAUCGCCUCUUCUGUUCCCACGACAGGUCUUAGACGAUGACAACCCCGAAGAAAAUGAGAGCUCUGAUGUCUACGAUGACGGCCUUGACCCCGAUCAGCCUACAUUGUCCUUGGGCCCCCUGGAGCCCACUAACGGCGCGUCAAAGGCCGCUAAAGCUUCACUGCCCCGUCUUCCCAUCAUUAACACUACAGAAGUCCCGGAUAUCAACGCGCCGUCUUCGCCCACUUCCUCCUGGGAUAAAAGGUCAUGGUCAUCCUUGCCGAGAAUUUCAACAUCGACGCCAAACUUCUUGGACCAGGCGGCUUACCAGGAAGAUGACUGUGGCAGCCCGAAGCCGAAGAAGAAACGGCAGCUGCGCCUGCCACCCAUUCUACUGCCACGCGUGUACACCAUCCAACCCAGACCCCUGCGGUACAGGGAGUUUCUGACCCCCACCAACAUCCGGGGUCCUAUCACGGACUCCGAGUGGGAGGAGCUUCAAGACUGCCGGUACAUAAGGAAGGGGGUGGCCAGAUUUAGUUUACAGUUGUCGCCGUCCAGAAUGUCUUCAUCAUUACCGUUCUAAUGUUUCAUAUUUUCAAUCAUGUCUACUACUAUUACUGUAUAAAGAAGCCAGUGGGAGAUUUGUUGAAUGGCGUAUGAGUGCGACACUUAAUUCUACCACCACACCCUUCAUUUUUAGUUAAAAUGAUUACAGAUGCACACAUUUUAAGUUGGAUGUGUAAGGCAAAGACACAAAUUGUAUCAUUGUGACCUAUUCCGGCCUCUGUUCUCGGACCCACCUCUGGAAAGUCUGCUUUGACCUUAUCAUGAACACACAGACCAAAGAUGGAGCAACAGAUUCACUGUGUCUGGUUUAUUUAAUAAACAUUUCUUAUUGUAUUGCUUAAUGCAUCUGAAAAAGACAAUUUUUGUUUUAGUGCCUUUAGCUAAGAUUUGUGUCAUUUAAUCUCCCAUUUAAUUACUUUAAAUUUAUCUUAAAUUGCUAUCAUUGAAUUCUGAGAAGACAUCCAUCGGCUUUGAUCUUCAAAUUCACACCUUUCGUAUCCUUAACGAUCAGUGCAGGAUCAAUACUCCCCCCCCCCACCCUUUUUAACCGGAGGCACCAAGGCAGCCGAAAUUUUAG